CAAUUAGUUGGAGAUUUGGCGCCAAACGGAAUGGUUGUUCACAGAAUGGAAUCCAGAACCCAGUUCCUUUAUUGUCGCAACAACCCUCUCCGUCUGAUUCUUCUGCAAACCCUAAUUUCUCAUCUCGUUUUCCUUUCUAAUCAACUUGCCAUUCCUCUCUUCUCCACCCCCUUUCAAAUUCAACAACAUCUUUGUAGCCAGCUGCAAUCGUCAACGUCAAAUAAGCAAAGGUUUCAGACACAAAAUUGUUUUCUCAGUCGUUUGAUUUUUCAGAAGAGACAAGCUUUUGAGCUUAUUCAUGCAGUACAAAUGGAAAUGCACUUCAAGUUUACAUGUCAAUAUCCUGACACUGAAAUGUGGAAAUAUAGUAUAACGUAAGUCAGGUACUCAAGCAAAAUUUAUAAGGGAUUUGGGGCAUUGAAAACCAAGCCCGACCAUUUGAAAUCUUGUGAGGGAAGAGAAGUAGAAAGUGUUCAAAUGGAUGGAGAGUCAUUUGAUCAUAGUAUACAAGAGAAACAAGCAAAAGAAGUUUCAAAAACUAUCGGUGAUAGUCCGAGAAGUAAAGAUUCCAGCCGUGAGAGUGGAAGCAGUAGUGAUUCAGAAAAGCAAAUUUAUGUCAUCAGUAAAGUUGAAAGUGAUAAGGCUAAAGACUCUGACACACAUAGCGAUGGCACUAAAAUCAUAUCUCCAUCAGCUGGAACGGGAACUUCUUGCUCUUCAUCCGAAUCAUCAUCAGAUGAUUUCUUUGCAAUGGACCAAUCAUUUAAGUACACCAAAUCUGGGAAAGAUCAUGUUUCUAGUUCUGAGAGCUCUGACAAGUCUGAAGUUGACAACAACUUUGUACUUCCAACAUCAACAUCUGAAAUGAACAAUUUGAGCAACAGCCAAAAGGAUAUGUCACCAACUGCUAGUCCCCCCAUCCAAGUGAUGGAUCGAUCUGGAAGUAAUGAUGCAUCUAUUGUUCCAUCUUCAAUUUUUGAAGCAAAUGCUAAUACUUCAGAAUGGAGUAUUGCUUCUAAUGAUUCACUAUUUAGUAUUCAAAUAGGGCAACCAAGUUUGAACAGAGAAAAAGCGCAUAUGUAUGGUGAAUUAUGCUCGUCAACGGAAUUGACCAAAUCUGGUGAGCUGAACAACCAAGCACCUUCAGUUAUACGACAAGAGAUAGGCACUACCGAAAAUAAUGCUACCGAAAAGGAAUUGCAAGCAACAACAUAUGGAUCUUUCAAGUUAGAAGGAGAAAGUCACCUUGAAGACAAUAGCGAAACAGAGACUUCACCUGAAACAAAGACUUCACCUGAAACUAAGACAUCACCUGAAACAAAAAGUUUGAAAUCAUCCAAGUCCAAAGUGUCUAUUCCCUCUCAUAGUGACAAUGAAAUUUUACCUGAUCCUCCAUUAAAGAGGCGGAAAGGCUACUCUUAUAGUUGUGGCUGGAUGAACAAUUUGUGGCCGAGCUGCAAGUGUUUGAGUUGUUGCCCAUCAUUCUCCUCUUGUUGGAGUUGUAAUCGUACAAAGUGUCAUCAUCACACCUCCCAAACGUUGAAAGAAGAAGGAAAUGGUUCUACGAAGAUGGAUGUUUCACCACAUGAAUCAGAUAAACCACAUGAAUCAGAUAAAGAAGAAUCAGGAAUGACUUCGGACUCUACAGCCAUCCAAACUAAACAAGAAUCCAAAGUGCUUUCCAAAUCAAAAGACAAUAAAUCCAAUUGGCUCCAUUCUUUUUCUUGUCCAUGGAACCUUCCUUCCAAACCUUGUUGUCGUUGAGAGAUCUUUUACAGAAUUCAGAUGCCUCGUUUGUUUAUAGUUUAACACCACCUUUAGGUACAUAGGUUUGAUCACAUGGCAAUGAACACAUAUGUUGGAGCUUCAUGGAACCACUCUUCCCUUCAAAGAGUACCUAUGAAUGUAUAUGAGGGCUAGAUUCAUAAUGAGUAAAGACAAAUUAUAUGGUUUCAUCGAAAAUUUAAUGGUUUUGACACUUCCUGAGAAAUUCUCUCUCUCUCUC